AUGAAGACUUCCACGGUGCUACUGCACGCAAGUGCGGCUUCCGCUUCCACAAUCGUUCCUCGACAAAGCUCAAGCAACACAGCAACUGUUGAUCUGUCAGUCAAACGUGGAACGCCAGGACAUCUAGCAUCCGGCUUCAUCUAUGGCAUUCCAGAUACAAAUGUGGACCACUUCUACACUGACAUGGGCUUCAACUACGCCAGAGUUGGAGACGCGUAUCGUGCUCGUUUCCAGUCCACCAAGAACAACUACAUCACAUCAAGGAAAUAUGGAGCCAAGGUUAUCAUUCUCCCACACGACAUCUGGGGCACCGAUCAUGCCGACAGCUCCACAGUGUGGCCAGGCGAUAACGGCAACUGGGCCGAUUAUGACAAGUUCCUGAACCAGCUUAUUGGCGAUCUCAAGAGCAACAACAUGCUUCAAGGCCUUGUGUUCGAUAUCUGGAACGAGCCUGGUCUUGGUGGCGGUACCUGUUGUUUCUGGCAGCGAUCACAAGCCCAGUAUUUGGACCUCUACGUCCGCACCCACAAGCGCAUCCGCUCAGACAGCGCUUUGAACGGUGUCCUCAUCAGCGGACCCUCAUCCUCCAGCCAGCCCGGCUCCUCCUUUUGGACUGCCUGGCUGCAGCGCAUUGUCUAG